AUGAGACGUAUUCCGCAUCCAAAACCAAGGAGAGAAGGAAAGUUCAGUUUUGGAACCGAAGGUUCACCUGACCUUAAAUUUAAUUUCUCAUCACCAAAAUCCGAUGGCAAGUUUGCAACCCCUAUUGGUAAAGGUGACUGGGCCAAGGGAGGAAAAGGAGGCAAGGUAGCCAAUGGGGGAAAGACUCCUGUGGCAAAAGAAGCACAGUCAUUGGAGCUCAGAGUUGAACAGGAACUUCCAAAAAAUGUUAAGUGCCUUAUGGAUUGUGAGGCUGCAAUUAUCUUAGAAGGCAUUCAGGAACAAAUGGUUAUACUCUCUGAAGAUUCAACUAUUAAGCUCCCUGAAUCAUUUGAUUUGGGACUGCGUUAUGCCAAGACUGGUUGCUAUUAUACUAAUCCCCAGUCUGUUAGACGAGUUCUUGAGGUUCUUUCAAAAUAUGAUGUCUCUUACAGUGAGAUUUGUGUGAUUGCAAAUACUUGUCCAGAAACUGUUGAUGAAGUUUUUGCACUUGUCCAAUCCUUGGAGGCUAAGAGAAGGGGGCUCAGUGAACCACUUAAAGAUGUACUGGAUGAGCUAGCUAAACUUAAAAAAUCCACCUGAUGCCAUGCGCGGAAGCUGUGGGGAAGCCUUAUUUGAAAGGAAUUUCCUCUUCCUGUUGUUGAUGGUUGUAGCCUCCAUUUUCAUGAUCAGGGAUUAGCUGGACCUCGUGCAGGAUAUUAGUGCAGGAUAUUAUAACCAUCGGUUCUUAUCAUGUGAAUUUGUGGUUGAAUAGAGAUAUUGUUAUCUGUUGCAGCAUUAUUUUAUGGUGUGUGUUCGUUGUGUGACCGGUAUGUUAAUAUUUUGAGAACUGAACCUCUCAGCAAUCCUUUGAUAUGGAAACACUAGUUGGAUGGUUUGCUA